UCAUACUACUAAUUACGCAGAUGGUUCGCAUAUCCAGCAAAGGCUAGCGGUGGAUUACACGAGGUCAACGGAUUCCAAACAUUCGUACUGAGCCAUGUCGCUGCCGGUGGAGCUGAUUCUGCAGUCGGCAAGAUUAGCUUGCUUGGCUCGCGAGUCGACUUUAGAGCACGUCAGGCUAGACUACACCACCCACGUCAAUCUUCUGAGAGUCAACAAGCUCCUCUACAAUCAGUUGGUGCCCUUCUUGUAUGCGCACAUUCGAAUUGGGAAGCAUCCUACACUCUUUGCGCUUCACAGAACACUGAGUCAACGUCCUCUACUCGGCCACUUUGUCCGAUCUCUAUGCCUCACACCCGCAUCUCAAGCAUCCUCUGAGCUAGCGCCCCAUGGCGCAGGAAGGCCGCUUCCUCGCCAUUGGGAGGAUUGGCUGAUCGAAGAAGGCGUCGAGUGGAUGCCGCAUGGGCGGCUUCCGUCUCCAGAAGGAGGUGCGCAAUCCAAAGCGCUGGAAGCAGCCAUAUCCUGGACUGUCUCUACCCGCAAGGGGCUCUCUCGCGGUGCGCAUAGGGACAUGACACUAAUGGAGGAGCUCGCGAUCGCUCCUAACGUAGUCUUGCCGGGGAUGCCGGAUCUGCCGGAUCUGCCGCCGCGAUCACCACCGCUGCCUAUCCAUGAGAGGCCUUUCAUCGACUUGGAUGCGGCAGUCCUCGACAUGGAAUUCGUUCAAAUAGGGGUGGCGUGGUGCUUCACUUGUCUCGACACUGGACUCUUGAUGCCGCUGAGCUAUGAAGAUGCCGAGAGGCGGUCACCAUCGGUCGAGGUGUCCAAACCUCCGUCUGGUCAUCUAGCUGCAUUAGAAUUCAUUGGCGCCGGCACAUGGGGCGCCGAGUACGAGCAUUGCGCGGAAAAGGUAGCAAAGGAAGUGCGCCAGGCACCGGAUCAUGGUGGAGAAGUUUGCUCUCCGGCGAUCAGAUCACUGGAAAGUAUGCACGGGCUUCCCCUGAGAAGGGUAUGCCACGCAAUCGCCAACAAGCUGCAAUCGUUAGACUACACCGGCGUCAAUUCCCAAUUGAGCGCAAAGAGAGACGCUUGGGCCAAGGCGUGGCGUUCGCGUCCUUUGCGGGACGAUGACAUCUGCUCACCGUCGAUAUUUGCUCGAAGUGGCUGCCUCAAACUGCUAUUCCCUACGGGCGGGAUAGAGAGCAACGCUUUACCAGAUUACGAGGCGGAACUCAACGACGAUGAUUCGGACGCUGAGCACGACCAAGCAGGGAAUCCACAUCAGCCAGAAGAUGAGGAUUUCGACCUCGAGCAAGUGCCACACUUCCUCCUCCAACAAGAUGGAGGACCGGACACGCCUUCAAGCCGCGCGCUGUUCGGAAGGAGGCCGCACUAUCUCGCCAGUGACGAGGAGCCGACGCUGGGCUCCAUCAUCACGGUCAUCCAGUCCUUGCUGUCCAUGAUGCCCGAACUUGUCGCCCUGAAAUUGUCCUCCUAUCUUGAACGUGUCGUCGGGGGACGCGAUUCUCGUCGACUGUGGCCAAAGUUGGAGCACUUGCAUCUGGGCCCACCUCCCACCUAUUGGAGCAGUCCACUGCACCUCGGAGUAGGCGCGUUCCCCAAACUUCACUCCUUGUCCAUUUCUGGCUGUCUGCUGUUCGAUGCUGAGGUGCAGACGAUCUCAGGCACACGAUUUGCGGAUGCUAUGCCGCGGUUAAAGAACUUUACCUGGCGACUUUGGCUGGAUGCGUUUGGGGCUGGCCCGCUUCUGAACGGGGUACGCACCCUCAAAGGGGUCUUGGAAGGACCGAAGAAGCUUAAUGUACAUGCACACCUGCACCCACACGAUGUCGAAGCCGUGCGAGAGGACGACAUUCGCAACCACUCUGAUCUGACGCUCGAGACUGCGGCCAAUGACGUGGAAAGCAAUGUUGCUGCUUUGGACGAAGAAUGGCUCCGCUGCUUGCGAGGGAUCGGGCCCUCGGUCGUGUAAAGGGCAGUCUACACUCGACGGGGCAUCAAGGCACAAGAAGCGGCCACCAGUACGAGCACUUGUCGUGCCAAAGGCUGGCGAGCACUUUGGUCAUGGAUCAGACGUUGGUGGUGCCCGCUUCGCGCAGCGUCGUGCAAUUCUCUUGCUGCGGGCCCUCAGCAGCACAGGCAAGUCACAUUUCGCAUCUACAAAAAAGGAUGGAGCCGAGCUCAGUGCUACCAAACCGCUGAGGCUUAAUUAAAACCAAACGGCCAACAUGACUCCGACUCAAGGAUAAGCCCGGAGGGCUAGCUCAUC